GCUCCACGGCUUCCUUCUUACACGAGCUCUGCCCUCCUCUGGCUUCCUUCUCCUCCCCAAAGCAAACCAUUUUUCAUCAAUUUUCAUGGAAAAAGUGUUUGAAUCAGAGGGCACUUGGUCUGAUGGGUCGAUGAGAGAACUCAUCCAUGGGGUCCUUCACGAGGAGUCCCCUCAUCUCUUCGUCCCACCUGAGGCCAAGGAAGCCAAACACGUUGCUUGCCAAAAGUCCGUAAUCGACAAGCUCAUCUCAUCAGUCUACUCUGGCCCAACGAUAGGAGACAUCGAGAGUGCAUUGUCCAUGAGCUAUCAACACGGCCCCUGUGGUUCUCAAGUCCUGUUUUCAUUUCCAGAGAUAGGAUCAGGUAAAAUGAAGAAAAAAUAUACGCUAAGGAUCAAGAGCCGUGGGAAUGAACUCAACGAUGAUGGUUUUAGGUGGAGGAAGUACGGUCAGAAAUCUAUCAAGAACAACCCAAACCCAAGGAGUUACUACAGGUGCACAGACCCACGUUGCAAUGCUAAGAAGCAAGUAGAGAGAUCCACGGAAGAUCCAGAGAUGCUGAUCAUCACCUAUGAAGGCCUCCACCUCCACUAUGCCUACUCCAAUUUCUUCUUGUCCCGGUCUAAGGGGAACUCUGCCACAAGUCUUCAUGUGCCAAAGAAGCCCAAGGUCCAGCCCAAGAGCCCGGAUGCGAGACCCCCAGAGCCGGAAGCGUCAACGACACAGCAGCAGCAGCAGCAGCAGCUUGUGAUUGCUUGUGAGAAGAGCCCUCAACUAAGGCUCCUUGUGGAUGCUCUACCGAAUCCUGUAGUCGGGGAACAGAGCAUACAGCGCGAGCUCCUGCAAGACAAUGUGCAGUGCCCCCAAGGCCUGCUGGAAGAUAUUGUACCCUUGCUGGUGAGGAAGCCAUGCGACUCUACCACCUCUAUAUAUGAUCCUCCCUCUUCCUCUCAGGCAACUUCUCCUUCCAACUCUUCAUCCCAUUCUUAGCCUCCCAUUUCAGUUCAUCACGAUCCAGUGCAUGCCUUCUAACAUAACUUUAGGUGACAAAAUGAUGGAACGGUAAUUGUUCUAUAGUUUCAUACUUCCUUUGGGUACUCCAUGGCACUUGUGGGUCCCAGUUCUAGCUUCUCUUUCACACAGUGUAACACUUAAAUGAAAGAAAAAUGAGAGGUAGGGUGGUCAUGAA